GUGCCUCCUCUCAGCUCUGUGACACUGCAGAUCGAUUGGAAUCUGAUCUGACAUGUCCACCUGCACAGGCACCUGCAGCUUCACCACGUCCCCUCCCCCAAGCUAAAAAGGGGCCAUCUUUCUGUCCUCUGCCCCAGCUUGCCAGCCGGCUUGUGGGGUUCCCCAAGUUUGUGCUCUGCUCUGCUGUGUAUUGCCAUCGCCCAUCCCUUUGACGUCAGGCUUUUUUUUCCCACCCACGACGCCUGGACUAUCCACCCAUCCAUCUUCUAGCCACGCGACCUAGAGCCACCCAAGCUCAACAGUCACGAAACUCCAACCAGCUUGCACGACGACUCAACGGUGCUCCAACAUACCCAUUGGCAGCACAAGGCUCCAAUUGCGCAUGCAGAGUUCCAUCCACCUAAUGAAAGCCUGCGAAACACCUCUUGACCACCCCGACCAUGUCGAGCGCCCUGCAGCCUUGUCUCUAGGAGAUCACCCCUAAUACACCCUCACCCUCGCUGUGGUCGACUCUCACGACCGUGCCAAUCACUUCAGCCUUCCCAGGUCUUUCACACACAGUUCAUUGGGAUGCUGUCACAGCCGACCGAGCCAGUAUCCCCAACGAUAUCUCUAGUUGACGUUGCCUCCUCUGAGUACCGCCACUCCUUGCGCGUCACCUCCUUUUACAACCCUAUUAAGCCUCAUCUCUACCCCGCCUCUUCAUGAUGGCUGCUUCCCCGAGCGACAUUCCGAACUCCCCUCCGGAGCCUCCCCUGCCUCCGGGGCCGACGGACCACCUCCGCCUCUUUAUCAGUCAACCCGUGGUCGCUGCGUUCUGCGCUGGUGGUGUUGCUGGUGCAGUGUCCCGCACUGUCGUCUCCCCGCUGGAGAGACUCAAGAUCCUGUUCCAAAUACAGUCUGCCGGUCGCGAGGAGUACAAGCUGUCAGUAGGCAAGGCCCUCAAGAAAAUGUGGCAAGAAGAGGGAUGGAGGGGUUUUAUGCGCGGAAACGGCACAAAUUGCAUCCGGAUUGUGCCAUACUCUGCCGUCCAGUUUGGCAGCUACAACUUCUACAAGCGCAACUUCUUCGAGGCUUACCCCGGCGCCGACCUGUCGCCCUUCAUGCGCCUCACUUGUGGUGGAAUUGCCGGUGUGACUUCAGUCACCUUCACCUACCCACUUGAUAUUGUGCGCACGAGGCUGUCUAUCCAGUCUGCGAGCUUUGCCGCCCUGGGCGAGAAGCCCAAGGCACUGCCAGGAAUGUGGGCAACCUUGUUGAGCAUGUACAAGAACGAGGGUGGGCUUCUGGCUCUCUACAGAGGCAUUGUCCCAACUGUGGCAGGCGUCGCUCCUUAUGUCGGGCUUAACUUUAUGGUGUACGAGCAUGUGCGCAAGUACCUGACACCAGAGGGCGACAAGAACCCCAGUGCGUGGCGAAAACUGCUUGCUGGUGCGGUGUCCGGGGCUGUGGCCCAGACCUGCACAUAUCCUUUUGAUGUCUUGCGCCGAAGGUUUCAAAUCAACACCAUGGAGGGCUUGGGAUACAAGUACAAGUCCAUUGGCGACGCCAUGACGAAGAUCAUUGCCCAGGAGGGAGUCAAGGGACUCUACAAGGGCAUAGUACCCAACUUGUUGAAGGUUGCUCCUAGCAUGGCAUCCUCCUGGCUCAGCUUCGAGAUGACGAGAGAUUUCCUCGUGACCCUUGGCCCCAAGGAGCAGACUCUAUGAGCGAAUCAAAGCGGAAGACCGUCCCGGCAGGUCUACAUCAGAGCUCCACAACAUCUACCGUGGAGCUGCGCAUUGCACAAGACCGUCCCCCAUGCCCCGACGAUAGACGGAUAACAACAUGACGAUUAGUGGACGAGUGGCCGUUGCACCGAGCACAUGCUGCAUCCUGCCUUUCAGAGGCACUCAUCCAUGACCAAAGACAAAAGCCAUCAGGUGACGGUUGACUGAUGGCACUUUUUACAACCUUUAGAGCAUGCUGCAGACGUUCGGAGAUGUUGAUACCGGGGACUUGUGGGCUGGCCGGACCCAACACUUGUGUGUCGGGCCGCAAGACGAAAGGGGACGCCCAAUGGGAUUUUAGACUCUAGAGAGCAGCACAUCAUGCAUCCCCCAACUGUAAAUGUACCAACAUGAGGUAUUCAUCAUGCUCUCUCCCCUUGAGGGCUUGAUUUGGCAAGGUGGAAGCAUGACAGGAAAGGGGCAGGACAGGAGUAAUAUGGCAUCACAAAAGUUGUCUUUCCUGAGACGAUCAUGGGUUUGUAAGUUGUUGUACAUAGACUCAGGCUUCAGUGAGUUUCUGGAGAUCGGGCUUGGUUGCCAGUGCUAAUACAAACUGGCUUCUAAACAUGGCA